GUUUUUUUUAUAGAGUUUGAGCAUUGUUUUAGAAGUGGAAAUUGUCAAGAAGGUUGAAAAGAAAUGAUAUAUCAUUGUAGAGAAAACUUUCCGUGACAGUUUGAAGCAAAACAAUAUAAUUGUACAAAACUUAAAAUGAAAAAUAAAAUAGGUCAAGCAAGGAGUAUGGAGUUGCCAGGAAUCAGCUAGUUGAUAACAUGUUUGUUGAUAAAACUGCUACUAUAUAGGAAUAAAGACUCGCUUUGUCAACUUAGCAAAACGAUGGCAACAAACCUAUCACAUUCUAGACCAAGAAGAAGGAUGGAAAGACUGGAUCGAGACGACGAUGAUUUCGGCGAAGGAUUCAUCGCAGAAUCACAUCCCUUGAGACCAACUCGCCUCAUCGUUCCUGGGCGAAAUGAAUCUCGAGCUCCUAGCAUCAGUAGUAGUGUCAGUGAUAUGGAUGUUCCAAUCUACACCAGGGAAACGACCGUACCACUUUCAUCUAAGAAGGGUCUCAAUGGCCAUUUGGUGUUUGCCAUCACAGCAGCCGCACUUGGUUCUUCCUUCCAACAUGGUUACAACACAGCAGUUGUCUCCAAUGCCGAAGCGGUAAUGAAAAUCUGGAUCGGUAAUCUAGCAGGCAACCGGACAGGAACUGCAACAGAACCUGAUUCAAGUCAAGUAACAUUCAUAUGGGCUGUAAUCGUUUCAAUCUUCUGCUUGGGAGGAAUGAUUGGCGGCUCCUUAGUUGGUUUCGUAGCUGACAAAUUUGGAAGAAAGGGAGGUUUAUUGUUGAAUAAUAUAUUGGUGGUAUUGGCUGUGAUUUUCGAGGGAGCAGCAAAACCUACCUUCAGCUACGAAAUGAUUUAUAUUGGAAGAUUUCUCAUCGGCGUCAAUGCAGGUUUAAACGCAGGAUUGGCGCCUAUGUAUCUGGGUGAAGUUUCUCCUAUGCAUUUGAGAGGUGCUGUGGGCACAGUUUAUCAACUGAUCAUAACCAUUUCUAUUCUGGUUUCCCAAAUUUUGGGCUUGGAAAGCAUUUUUGGAACUGCAAGUCAGUGGCCAAUACUUUUGUGUUUGACAAUUGUUCCUGCCAUCUUUCAACUCGUUACUCUUCCCUUCUGUCCUGAAAGUCCGAAAUAUCUACUACUGGGUAGAGGAAAAGACAUGGAGGCUCAAAGAGCUUUAUCAUGGCUCCGUGGUACAAUUGAAGUACAUGACGAAAUGGAGGAAAUGCGUGCCGAGUAUGAAUCCCUUAAACUUAUACCGAGUGUCUCUUUGAAAGAACUGCUUAUGAAUGCCACUCUUCGAAUCCCAUUGACAAUUGCUGUAAUGGUAAUGAUCGCCCAACAACUUUCCGGUAUCAACGCCAUUAUGUCCUUCUCAACCAGCAUCUUCGAAAUGGCCAAUCUUCCAAAGGACGCUGCCCAGAUGGCUACUAUGGGUGUGGGAGCAAUGAAUGUCGUUAUGACAUUUGUCUCGCUCAUUUUGGUUGAAAAAGCUGGAAGAAAAACUUUACUUUUGGUCGGAUUUAGUGGAAUGGUUAUUGACACUCUUCUUCUCGCAAUAUGCAUGCCAUUUGCGAAAGACUCAACGUUCGCAGCCUACUCUUCCAUUCUCCUGGUGAUAAUGUUCGUCGUUCUCUUCGCAACUGGACCCGGAAGUAUACCUUGGUUCUUGGUCUCAGAACUUUUCAACCAAUCGGCAAGGCCUGUCGCUACCUCGGUGGCUAUCGGUGUCAACUGGACUGCCAAUUUCCUUGUCAGUUUCGGAUUCAAACCCCUUCAAACAGCCCUGGAUUCAAAUGUCUUUUAUAUUUUCGCCGUUCUUCAAGCCUUGUUCACCUUCUACAUAUACCGAAAAGUUCCAGAGACAAAGAACAAGUCCAUCGAGGAGAUCAGUAGCAUGUUUAGGCAAAUAUCGUACCAGUGAGGGGAAAAUAUUUAGAUUCUAGCUUUAUUCCUUGUAAAAUAAAGCGGCGAGAUAGCAGAAUAAGUCUUCUUGUCUUGCUACCUCAGCUUGACUUUCGGGUCAAGUUCUCAUCGUGAAUAUUUCUCAUAAUUGGUGCUGUAUAGAGAUAAUUAUCAAAAAGCGAAAUGCGCAUUGACCUUCUGUUUUUUUUUCUUUCAAUAAGAAACAGAUUUCAUCAAAAGGGCUAGUUAGAAGAAGAAAAAAACAUUAUCGUCUUAACGUUUUUACAAGAUCAGUUCCUAGAUGUUCUCAAAAGCACUGCGGUGCUAGAUUUGUCCGCGAGUGACGAAACUAUUGUCAGAUAAUAAUAGAUGAUUACUAAGCGGAUCGAUCGCUUUUCGGUGAAAGCACCAAAUGCGUCCUUUAUUUAAAAACAAAAUCUAACAAUUAUGUUUUAAAGGAUUUGGACUCUAGUCAUGCGAAAAACCCAAAUCUGUUUUCUUAUUUUCGCGACAGCUGAACGCUUUUUAAGUCACGUAUUACUUGUUUUUAAUUUUUAAUUGUUUUUCACCCAGCACCUUUCAUUUUAACACUUUCAAAUCUUGACAAUGCUUUGGAAAUUUGCGAUUCGAAAAUAAAAUUAAUGUCUUUUGCACUGAAUAGAGAAGACGAGUUAUCCAAUAUCAAAACAAUGGCAGAGAAUUAUAUAUUUUUAUUAUGCAUAAAUGAGUCUCAUGACAGACAGAUUCCGUCAUUUUAUCGAACUACGGGAUAUAUUUUAUUACGCGUAUUCCCACAGAAAAUUCACUGGCACUAGAUUUCCAAAAUAAUUGUGGAGAAAAGUGCCUGUGUCUUUUUAAAAUUAGAAUACGCUCGACUCGAUUAUCCGUGUCAUAUUGAUUGUAAAUAUGUGAGAAGAAGCAAAUAGAUUCUAGAAAAAUGUAUUGUGUAGAGAAAUCACUCUAUUGCUGUACUAGUUUUAUUUAACUUGUACGAGGUAUAAAGCGAUAUUACUGAGUUUUUGAGUCGAACAUUAUUUAUACGAUUUACGAUAGCAAAGUACGAAAAUAACCGAUUAUGCCUCAGAAUCGUUGCGAGUCCAUCGCAACACGAUUUAUUGUCACUUAACAGAAGUUUAUAAUGGUUUCAAUAUUUUUCAGAAAUGUGACAGAUCAGAGAUAAUACUCAAACUGUACGUAGGUAGUAUUAUGAACAUAACACUUGUUGGAAAUUGAAAAAAAAAAUCAUAAUUUACAUGAAUAAGGCUACCUCGUCUACGCCAAAAUCGAAAAACGAUGCCAUAUGAAGAACACGAGCCGAGGGAAAACUGAUGGUAAUGUUCAAUUAUUCAUGUUCAGUAUGGUUUACGAUACUCCAAAUAUUUUAUAACUAUAUGUUGGUGCGAGUAUCAAAAUGAAACCCCGGAAAUUGUAGCUUUUUAUUGAAGCUGACAAUUGUUCAAGAGUUAAAUAAAGCAUAUACUUUUGUUUUGACAGAAUAAAAGGCUCAAAUGGUGAUAAAUAAUCAACGUUAUUUUAGGAUAAGUUGUAUCUUGAAAGUUCUUUCUUUGAUAGGAAUCGCUGAAUGUACGAUUGUAUCGCGCUGCGAAUGUUAAGCACGGUCCGAUUGCCUCGAGAAACAUAUAUCCAUCAUUGUUAUGUGUUAUUGGCAUAAUAUUUAGAGAGUUUAAUUGGGUCUUGCUGAACUUUUAUUUGCCAGCUUUGCUUAAUUCGUUCACCAUCAUGAAGUUAGUAACGGUUAUUUAACAAAACUGGAAAGACUGUUAAGAAAGUCAAUGAAUGUCAAUGGCACGCACGAAUGCUUGAAAUGCAAACAAAAGUAAGUUUGCUCGUUUUUUAUUUUCUUCGAUAGAGGGCACCUUAAUCGAACGAAGUUUUCUAUAAUUUAUCGAAUGAAUUAAAAAAAUUCCUGUAUUUUUAUCGUUUUGUCGUACCUAUGUGAAUAAGUUAUUUCAUUACAGUGAUAGCAUUUAGUUGUAGUAGAUUCUUUUAUAUGAGAUUCGUAAGUACAGUCUUAUGCAUAUCCGCAAAACGAAUAGUUGUAAUAAUCUGACCUAACCCCCCUAGAGAAAAACAUCAUUGCAAUAUAUGCGUUUUUAGGAGAAAUUCGUAUAAAAAUGUUUAUUUAAUCUUUAGAAUUUGAUAUGUUGUCUGUUGAUGCUGAGCAUUUGCAUGUUUCGUGAUAAACAUCACGAGUCACGAUGUGUUUGUAAUGUGUUGCGAUCUACAUCAUUUUUUGAUGCAGAUAUAUACUUGUACAAAUAAAAUGAUUGAGAAGUGUAAA